UGCCUAUGAUUUUGGAAUGAGAUGUUCGACGAGCAUGGUAGCUAAGGAAUUAUUAGCAACGUUACCUGCUUAGCUAUGUUAUUCUAAAUCUCUUAAAAAGCACUUGAACGCAAUCAUGUUGUAUAAACGACUUCACCAACUGGGAAAUACGAGAUUCCAAAGAGCAUUUGAAGGCAGCAUAUGACUGCCAUUGAUGACAUAUAUUUAAUGGUAUACUGUACCAUGAUAUUGUAGUGGCAACCUUGUGUUGUGUAAUUGUAAAUUGGAGCUCGAGUUUUGUUAAUGUCCUGUAUUGAAGAGAGAGCUUGUUCUAUUUCUGCAAUUUUAUAACACACACACACGUACACACACGUGAGAUGUAUGCAGACUCCACCCCUGUAUUAUCUGUCAACCAGGAAGUAGUAGAGUUCACAACGGAACCACACUGUAGCAUGUAGCUAUUCAGUAAUGCUCACAACAUUCGGUCUAAAUUAUUUAUUUGCCUUAUCUGUGGACUUAUAAUUGUUGGAAAUAAUCAACAUUCAAAUAACCAUUGAAUAUGGUUGAAGAAACAGCAUAAUCUACUAUACAUUGUGAUUUCCAAGUUUGACAGACCUCACUGCUGUAAGUUUUCAAAAGUGAAAGUAAACCUCAAUUCCAGAAGCCAUCACAGAAGAGAGACGGUGGUGGUGAGAAAAUGGAAUCUAAACCUUCCCUCCCAGAGGAGGAUCUCUGCUGUACUGUAUGCUGUGACAUCUUCAGGGAUCCCGUUUUCCUGUCAUGUACCCACAGCGUCUGCAAAGCCUGUCUGAAGGAAUUCUGGAAACAGAAGGGAUCUCGAGAAUGUCCAAUGUGCCGGAAAAGAUUGUCAAUGGAUAACCCCCCAUGUAACCUAGCUUUAAAGAACCUGUGUGAUGCCUACUUACAGGAGAAAGGUCAGAGAUAUUCAGCAGGGCCAGAUGUGCAUUGCAGUCUGCACAGUGAGAAACUCAAACUGUUCUGUCUGGAUGAUAAGCAGUCAAUUUGUGUAGUGUGCCGGGAUUCAAAGAACCAUAAAAAGCAUGACUGCAUCCCCAUAGAUGAAGCUGCACUGGAUCAUAAGGAGGAAGUUAAGAUGGCACUGAAGCCCCUAAAGGAUAUGCUGGAGGUCUUAAAUGAAGUUAAACUGACCUGUGAUCAAACAGCAGAGCACAUUAAGACACAGGCCCAGCACACAGAGAAGCAGAUUAAGGAGGAGUUUGGGAAGCUUCACCAGUUUCUACAGGAUGAAGAGGAAGCCAGGAUUGCUGCACUGAGGAAGGAAGAGAAGCAAAAGAGUCAGACGAUGACAAAAAAGAUUGAAGAGAUGAGCAGGGAGAUAUCAUCACUUUCGGACACAAUCAGAGCCAUAGAGAAAGAGCUGGGAGCCGACGAUAUCUCGUUCCUGCAGAAUUUCAAGGCCACAGUCAAAAAAGCAAAGUGCACCCUGUCAAAUCCGGAGAAGAUUUCAGGAUCACUGAUCCACGUGGCAAAGUACCUAGGCAACCUGCAGUUCAGAGUCUGGGAGAAGAUGCAGGAAAUAGUUCCAUCCGCAUCUCAUCCUGUCCGAGGAUCUGAUGAGUGUGACAUACACCAAAGACGCUGUCACAUAUCAGUUUGCAAACAAUGUAAAAAAUAAAUAAAAUAAUAAUUGCUUUCUUGAGUAAGGCAACUCCAAAACA